AUGCCUGGCGUCCGAGGCGCCGGUCCGGAUCGGCGAUCGACCGGCCCUCUGUGGCGGAUCUGGCCGCGCCCGAUGGCGGCCGUGCUCAUGGCGGUGCUGCUGUGGCUGCCCCUCCUCCCGGAUGGCGCCAUGGCCAGCUUGCCGCUUUUCUACCAGAAGGCGCUCUUGCCGCUGGCGAAGCCCGAGUUAGGUCUGGCCUUCCGCCAUUUGCACCUGCUGGGCACGACGCUGGCGGUGAAGCAGCGCGCGGAUCUCCGCGUGGACUACUACUCCCAAGACUCCCAGGACCUGGUGAAUGUGGCGCAACAUCGCCUGGGGCCGGUGGCCAACCGUUUCCCCGCCGGGACGGUCGGCCUGGAGCACAUGCCUGCCGUGCCCCCGGGCGACAUCUAUCUAAUGCCCUCCCUGAGUGGGCCCUUCGGCAUGGUGGCGGUCCAGUCGCCCAGCAUCAAUGUGAUCAUCGGCGCCGCUGUCAAUGCCUUCAUGGUGGGCGACGUGAGGACCGUGCUCGGGUCGCUGAUUCUGGGCGGCCAAGAGGCAUCUCUGCUGCUCCAGGCCGCUGACCUGAGCGUCUUCAUCUUGACUGUGGACGGUGACUUAUCUCGCAAAAUGCCCGUGGCUUUGGCCCCCGGCCAGUCAUCCAUGCCGCCCAGCCUGGCCAUGGGUGUUGGCCCGGCUUUCCACCUGCUGUACAAUGGCGUCCACCUGGAAACCCACAUGAACACACUGGCGACCGGCGUGAAUCCCCUCGGCCUUGCGGAGGACGUUGUGCACAUGGCCACCGGGCGCCUGCUGACCGCCGCGUCCGCCCGGGAGGACAUGAUCUUCCUCCUUUCCAGCGGCCGCAUUCUCGUUUGCCUUGACCGAGCCUUCUCGGAAGCGUCGUGCGCGCAGGUGCUCGACAUUCCCCCGGUGCCGGGGCUCACCGUGCAGUCGGCGAUGCGGAUUUUGAUCCCCGGCUCCUUGACCGACACUGCCUUGCAUCGGCACUUCUUCUUGCACUGCCCGGUCCAGAAGCGGCUUUUUCGCUUCGAAUUCCUCCCGGCCACGGGCCUGGCUUCCAACGUGCCCCGCGAGAUCCUCAUCCCGCAAGAGGCAUGGGACAUGGGCCUGAGCAUGAUACGGGUCCGCCAUUCGCCCGGCGGCAGUGCCUGGCACCUGGCCGCCAAGCAUCUGUACUUUCCGCCGGAGGCCUUUGGCUGCCCGCCGGGCGAUGAUUCGACCGUCGCCUGUGCCGAUGGCCUCCUGCAGGCGUCCGGCGGCUGGGGGUGCGCCACCGGCCGCGACUAUUCGCCCCUGUUCAACGCCGCGUACAUGUGCUAUGGCUGCCAGGGUGGCAGGCAGUUCAUCCCGUCCGCCAGCGGGCCAGGCAUCUGCCAGGAGUGCCCGGUCGAGCAUUGUGCCGCGUGCAUGGGCAGCACAUGCCUCGUCUGUGAGGGUGGCCUGCACCUCCAGCGGGACUGGCGCACGGGGCAAACUUCCUGCCAGCCAACAUGCUCCAUGGGCCUCUCGAGGCAUGGGACCAUGUGCCUCCCGCCGGCCGUGCUCUCGGCCCCGGCGGUGGCCUUGAAUAGGAUGGCCCUCAAGCUGCCGGUCAAUUCCGGGCGCGUGGUCACCGUCACGCCCACCCGUCUGGACCUGCGGUCCAACAACCAGCUGUUCAUCCGGUCGGCCCCCCCGACGCCGGCCGACCCCGGGGCCCUGCUCAUCGGCGACAGCCUUGGCGACCUCUUUUGGGCCAUGCCGGACCUGUCGAAUGGCGGCUGGCUCGUUCGGCAGGUGCAAACAGGCCAGUCCUUGGCCGGGGUCAAGACGUCCCUCCUGGAGGUGGGUCCCUUUGACCCCACCCCGGGCGGGCUGAAUGGCAGCUGGCCGGUCUACAUGCUGGCCUUCUGCCGUGCGGACCGGGUGGCCAGCAUCGUGCGGGUGGCCUGCCAGCCGGACGCCGAGCCUCCCCCGGGCCCGGGGCUUCCGCCGAGCGCCUGCCCCCCGACAUUCAUCGAGAUCUGGCACAGCACCAUGACCCAGGGAUGCGGCAUUCGCUCCAUGGCGGCCGACGCCCUGACCCUCCUGGAUGAGGACGCCACCCUGCCCGCGCCGCAGGGCCAAGCCAUGGCCAUUUGGCUGGAUGACACCGGCAUCGCCCGGGUGCAGACCCUCUCCUCGCAGACAUCGGUCGGCAUGCAUCCGGUCCUCUUCCCGGCCUCGGGGGGUGUCCUCAUGGCCGGCGGCGCCAGGACGCUGUAUCAGCCGGCGCCCCGGCUGUACCUCGUGCCGGUGCCCCUGUCGGCCAAUGACCCCCGGGCUGAGGCUCUCAUCGAGGCGUGGUCCGGCGCCGGGUCCUUUGUCGAGCCGCUGUCCCUGCCGACCGGGCGCGCCUCGUGGCCCUUCGAGACGGUGGCCAGCAUCCUCCAGUUGGGGGCCGGCCCGGUGUGGGAUGCCCUCCACUGGCCGCUGGGCACGCUGCCCCAUGAGCGGCUCAUCGGCCUGCCAGCCCUGAAGGUCCACCUUGCCACGCUGGAGGGCGGCUCCUAUGGCAAUGGGCAUCGACUGGGUGUCGUCCCGCUGGCGGGGCUGGACUACCCCAGCGCCCUGGUGCUGGUGACCCAGCGCCAUGUCCUGGUCUCCCUCCUCCGGUGCUGGGACCACCAUCUUUCCGGCUUCCCCUUCUGCCACUUGCUGCCGGCCACCAGCCUGCAGGUGGACCUGAUCGAGGACCUGCGGGACAUUCGCAUCGUCCACCUGCCCAUGGCCCGGGCUUCGGGCGACCCGCCCGGUCAGGUGCAUCUGCUGCUCAGCUGGGGCGCCAGCACGCCGGUCGGCCUCUCGCUGACGCCCCCCGAGCCGGGCUGCCCCCCGGGGACAUUCCCUCCCAAUUGCCUGCCCUGCUGGCCGAGCUGCCCCGGGUGUACCGGCCCCGGGCUGGCAGAUUGCCAGGCCUGCGACCUCCAAAUGCCGGAUGGCACCUGUGUUCAGGAAUGCCCCCCGGGGCUGGUUGACAGCGGCCUCGGGGCCUGUGCCUGCCCGGCCUUGUGCGUCGCCUGCUCGCCCGACACGCUGGGCGGGCCCUUUUGGUGCCGGGAAUGCCAGGCGGGCCAUGCCCUGGACAGCCUGAAUCCCAAUUCCUGCCUGCCAUGCCACCCCUCCUGCGAGUCGUGCGCCGUCCCGAAUGACCCGGCUGCUUGUCAUGCCUGCCCGGCGGCGAAGUGGCUGAAGGACCACACCUGCGUCGAUGAUUGCCCCACUUCAUUCUGGCCCAACCCGGCCUCUCGCGCCUGCGAGCCAUGCCCGGCGAGCUGCGCCACCUGUGCGUCGGCCGACCGCUGCACCGCCUGCCCGGCACGGGCCUACCUCGGCUCGGAUGACCAGUGCCACCACUGCGACGGGUCCUGCGCCUCGUGCGAGGACGGGCUCUCCUGCGGGGCCUGCCGCUCGGGGCUGGUCUUCCUGCAGACCGACCCGCUGAUCGCGUCGACCUGUGCGUCGACCUGCCCGCCGGGGGAGUUCGUCGGCGCCGGCCGGUGCACCGUGUGCGGCAGCACCUGCGACCUGUGCGCCGGCGGGCCGGACCGUUGCGAGGUGUGCGCGCCUGGUCACCGGUGGCAGACUGGCCCGCCGGCGGCCGGCGGCACGGCCGCCUGUGUGCCAUGCCCGCCCGGGUGCGAGUCGUGCGCCGGGGAGCUGUGUUUGUCCUGCGGCCCGGGGCUGUUCCUCACGCCGACCGGCACCUGCGCGGCAUCCUGCCCGGGCGGACGCCAUGCGGACGACGAGGUCGGCAGCUGCCAGCCGUGCGACGUCAGCUGCGACGAGUGCGCCGGGCCCGCCGGCGACCAGUGCACCGAGUGCGCCCCGGGGCUGGACAUGGUCGCCGAGGCUGACGGCCUGUUCUCCUGCGCGUCCGGCUGCCCGGAGGGCCGGUACCGGGACACGGUGUCCGGCUCCUGCGAGGCGUGCGACCCGGCCUGCGCCACCUGCAACGGCCCCUCGGACCGGGACUGCUGGCGGUGCACCGGCGGCCUGCUGCAAGACGGCCACUCCGUGCAGCAGUGCGCCGCCAACCAUGCCCCCACCGCCGGCCGGUGCCUCCCCUGCCACGCGUCGUGCGCUGCCUGCGCCGGGACCCGGAGCACCGACUGCGUCGGCUGCCUGGCCGGGCUGCUUCCCCUGCCGGCCGGGGCCAGCCCGACGCGCUGUGUUCCCGGCUGCCCGGUGGGCUACACCGCGGGGCCCGGCGGCUGCACGCCGUGCGGCGUCCACUGCUCCAGCUGCCCUGGCGAUGCGGCGACGUGCGCGCUGUGCGACCGCGGGUGGCUGCUGUCCGGGCCGGCCUGCCAGGACUCCUGCCCGGAGGCCUCCGCGCCGCAGGGGGGCCUGUGCAAGGUGUGCCACGCGACCUGUGCCACCUGCUUUGGGCCGGAGCCGGAGCACUGCCUCACGUGCCAGCCGCCGGCCCGGCUGCUGCUCGACGGCCGGUGCUACGCCUCCUGCCCGGGCGGGACCUUCGAGUCUGGGCCGACCUGCCUGCCCUGCCAUGCGACGUGCGGCGCCUGCACCGGCCCCACGGGGCACGAGUGCACGGCCUGCCCGGAGGGGCGGCUCCUGCGCGGUGGCGAGUGCCUGACCGCGUGCCCGACCGGCGAGUAUGCCGAUAUGGACCGCGUGUGUCGGCCCUGCGACGCCCCGUGCCGGACGUGCCUCGGCCCGGGGGCGUGCUCCUCGUGCGCCGGCGAGCAGGUGCUGCACGAGGACCAGUGCAUUGGGGCCUGCCCCGAGCGGACGUAUGUCUGCUCGGUGACCGGCCGCUGCCGGGCCUGCCCGGCCGGGUGCGCGGCCUGCAUGGCGGGCCCCCCCUCGUCGGGGGCCGAAUGCACGGCCACCUGCACGGAGUGCGACGCUGGCCGGGCGCUGUCCCCUGCCGGCGGCCGGUGCGUCGAAGUCUGCCCGGCGGGGGAGCAUCUGGACGGGUCUGUCUGCCGGGCCUGCCAUGCCGACUGCCGGACUUGCUUCGGCCGGGCCAGCGCCUGCACCAGCUGCCACGCGGGCGUGCUGCACCCGGCCAACGGGGCCUGCGUCGGGGCCUGCCCGGCGGCCGGCUUCGUCGAGGUGGACUUCUCGGCCUCGGUCGUGGCCCCGGGCCCGGAGCGGGUGUGCCUCUCCUGCUCGAGCGGCUGCCUCCAGUGCGUGGCCAGCCCAACGGCCCCGGCAUGCGGCCUCGCGCCGGACGGUGCGCUCGUGUGCCCGACCUCGGCCAGCAUCUGCACUUUUUGCCAGGGGGACCUGCUGCUGGUGGCCGGUCGGGCCGAGUGUGUGGCGGCCUGCCCGCCGGUGGGGUUUUUCGCCGACUGGCAUGCCCCAGCACCAGCCUGCCUUCCCUGCCACCCGGCCUGCGCUUCCUGCCUCGGGCCCGGCCCGGGCGACUGCACCGAUGCAGGCGGCCCGGCCGGGCGGCGACUCGCCCUUGGCCUCGGCAUCGGUCUGGGCAUGCUGCUGCUGCUGCUGCUGCUGCUGCUGGUCUUGUUCCUGUACUUGCGCCUUCGCCACCGGCGGCGUGUCUCGACCAAGCCGGUGACCCUCCGGCGCUCGGCCGCCCCCACGUGCCCCACGCUCCCGGACGACCUGCUGGCCGGGCUGCCGGUGGCCUUUGCGGCUGCCGGCUGGGGCCACCUCGGCGCCCUGUGCCGGGACCUGCGCGCCAUGGGCCGCGCCCUGCCGGGGUCGCGGAUCGCCGCGGUCCUCGAGCAGCCGGGGCCCGGCCUCCGGGCGGUGGCCGUGGCCCCGGCGGGCCGGCUGCAGCUCCGGUGGCCGGGCGCCCGGCAGGCGGCGGCCCUGCCGGAGGUGGUGUCCAUCCUGGCCGGGACCGUGCACCAGGACCGGACGCUGCUCCUGGCAUGCCGGGGCCCGGGCCGGCCGCUGCUGCACAUCCAGCUCCCCCGGGACCCGGGGCAGGCGCCGGUCCUGACCCCGGUGGCCGGCAGCCUGUCCGAGCCGGGCCUGCGCGCCUCGGUGGGACAGGGCCCGGCCUUCCAUGUGGCCCAUGCCGGGCGCCAUGUCCGCGUGGACGCGGCCACCGGGGCCGCCGCGGUCAUGCCGCCCGGGCGCCGGGCCAUCCGCCAAGUCCUGCCCACGCGGCUGGCCUCCGCGGAGCCCCUGGCCGAGGACCUGGUCCUGCUGCUGGAGGACCGCGCCGUGCGGGUGUGCCUCGGCUGGACGCCUGCCGGCGGCUGCGCCGCCGGGCGCCUGGACUUCCGCCUGCCGGCCGGGGCCCCGGCCGCUGGGCACUUCCUCAACCCCCCGGCGCCGGCCCUGCCGCACCGGCCGCUGGGCUUCCUGCUGUACCUGGACCCCGGGGCCCGGGAGGUGUGGCGCGUGGACCUGGCCGAGGGGGCGGCAGCCGUGGCCCGCGCCGGGCGCCUGGUGCUGCCGGGCUGGACCGGCGCCCGGGCCGCCCGGCCCGGCCUGCUGCACAUGCAUGCCUGGGCGCCCGCGCCGCACGGCCCCAUCCACUGGUACCUGACCGAGGGGCGGAAUGUCUUCCGCCAGACGGACCGGGCCCCUGGCCUUGGGGGGCCCCUGGGGGUCGGGCCCGGGCCCGGGCCCGGGCCGGCAGACGGCGCGACCGGGCGCCCGGUGCCGGCCGAGCCUGGCCAGCCGCUCCCCCAGGGCAGGGGGCCCGGGCGCUCCCUCCCCGGGCCCGCCGCCGCGGCCCCGCCCAAGGGGGUCCCUCAGCCCCCGAGGCAGCACCCUCACGUCCAGCAGGUGCCCCUGGGCGAGGCCGGCCCCCCGAGCCGGACAUCCAGCGGCGCCUGGUGCCGGCCGUGUGACGCCCCCCGGCCGGCGCACGGCGAUGCGCAACCCCGGGCCACCCCCUGGAGCAUGGCCCGCGCGGCCCGGGCGCCGGAUGCCCGGCCGGCGGCCUGCCCGGCCGGCAGCUACCCCGACCCGGCCGGGUGUCGGCCGUGCGAUGUGUCCUGCCUGCGGUGCGGCGGCCCGGCGCCGGGGCAGUGCACCGCCUGCUCGAUGGGCAUGUACUUCACGGCCGCCGGCCCGGCGGCCGGGGCCUGCCACGCGUGCGACAUCUCCUGCCUGCAGUGCGCGGGCCCCGGGGCGUCGGCGUGCACCGCCUGCCGCGACGGGGCGCACUUCGACGACGGCCACACCGGCGUCGGCACAUGCGUGCCCUGCGACGAAAGCUGCCACCAGUGCCGCGGCCCGGCCGCCGACCAGUGCACCGCCUGCGGCCCGGGGCGGUACCUGGCCCCGGGCCCGGCCGGGCCCGGGCCCUGCCGGCCAUGCCACGACACAUGCCUCCAGUGCGCCGGGCCCGGGGCCGCCCAGUGCACCAGCUGCCCGGCGAACUCGGCCAUGUCGGCCGGGGCCUGCGUCGCGGCCUGCCAGGACAACGAGUACACCGGCCACGUGCCCGGGGUCGGCCGCGUGUGCAUGGCUUGCGACCCGGCGUGCGUGCAGUGCUUCGGCCCGGGGCCGGAGGCGUGCAGCGCCUGCCCCGGCGGCCUGCUGGCCGACCGCGGCCUCUGCGUCUCCCAGUGCACCACCCCCGAGUCGAUGGCCUGCCGGGCGGCCGGCCGGUGUGGCCCCUGCCCGGGCCGGUGCGCCGAGUGCGUGGCCGCCAUCGACUCGCUGGAGGAGGGCUGCAUCGGCGCAUGCACCGCCUGCCAUGAGGGCUACUUCCUGCAUGGGGACGCCUGCGGCGACGACUGCCCGGAGGGCACCCUCGCCUGCGCGGGGGCCCGGCUCUGCGUCGCCCGGCCGGCCGGCUGCCUCGACUUCGACCUGGCCCCGGCGCCCGGCCAGCCGUGCGCCGCGGCCUGCUCCCGCUGCGCCGGCGAGCGGCUCCUCCUGCACGGGGCCUGUGUUGCCGCCUGCCCGGAGGGGUUCUUCCCCGACCCGGGCGUCGACCCGGCCUGCCGGCCCUGCCACCCCGACUGCCAACACUGCUCCGGCCCCGGGGAAGACCAAUGCCUGGACCCCAGUGGCCGGCUGUCCUUCGUGGUCAGCCUCAGCGUCGGCAUCAGCUUGCUGGUGCUGCUGCUGACCGGGCUGACGAUUUUGUUCUUCUGGCACCGGUCCGUCCGGCGCCGCACCUCCGCCCUCAAGCCCGGCCCGCCGUACGGCCCGCAGUCGGUCGCAAUGGGCCUGGUGCCCAGCUCCUGACCGGUGGCCGCCACUGCCCCUGUAGCUGUGAUACACGCCUUCUUCGGGGGGGCUUGUUUCCCAUGCCCGGGCCUGCUCCAGGGGCGGCGCGUGCGCCUCGCUUUGCGCGCAGGAUGCGGGGACUAUGUGAA